AUGAAAUCUUUUUGUGCUCUGCUUGCUUUCGUUGGUGUAUGUUCGGCACAACUUUUUGCAUGGCCUGCUUCUUCGCUGAAUCCGUACCUGAACAGAUACUAUUCGGCAGCUGCAGCUCCAGCACCUGUAGUUGCUGGUUAUCCAGCUUUGGCCGCGGCUGCUCCCGUAGCUGCAGCAGCUCCAGCUUACGCAGCAGCUCCGGCUUACGCAGCAGCUCCAGCAUACGCAGCAGCUCCAAUCGUAGCUGCUGCUGCUCCGCUAAGUCCUCCGAUAGCCGCGGAAGCAGCUAUAGCAGCAGCAACUGCUAACGGUGCUCCACUACUUACACCACCUAUGGGUCCUGCCGCUACAGUAAUGGCUGCACCCGCUAUGGGACCAGCUCCGAUGGCUGCCGCUGCCGUUAUUCCCUCUGUUCCUCCUGCUUACGCUCCAUUCCAAACAACUGCGUACCUUAUUGGAUCCAACAAACAAUGA